AUCACAAACAUUGUUCUCAUAAAUAGCGUUUCGUUUGUAAUUUUGUUUCAUGUCGUGUGAAGUGUCGUGCCCAAGUAGAAAUCAGAGAAAAACAAAAUACUGUGUUUUUUUAUAAUAUUGCUGGGAUAUGGGUCGUCUUUUUCACUUUCUUGUAGUUAUUAAGUGUUUAUAUAUUUUUACGGGAAUAACAGCUGAAAAUAAAUUUAAUGUGGUUUUUAUUAUUAUCGAUGACUUCCGCUGUCCACCGGAAAAGUCAGUGUCUCUACCUAAUUUUGAAAAAUUGGCGGCAAAUGGUAUAGAAUUUGAAAAUGCUUUCGCUCAGCAAGCACUAUGUGCCCCUAGCAGAAACUCUAUGUUGACCGGCCGUAGACCGGAUGCAUUGCAUCUUUACGACUUUUAUAGCUACUGGCGGACCUCAGUCGGUAAUUUUACAACAAUCCCACAGUAUUUCAAAGAAAAUGGCUAUGAGACAUAUUCGAUUGGUAAAAUUUUUCAUCCCGGUAUUAGCUCAAAUUACACUGAUGAUUAUCCUUUAAGCUGGUCACACUUACCAUAUCAUCCGUCAACAGAUAAAUAUAAAGAUGCUGCAGUUUGUAAAGAUACGCCGACUGCAAUACCUAAAAAGAAUUUAUUAUGUCCUGUAAAAGUGACGGAUCAACCCGAAGGCUCACUGCCAGAUAUUCAGUCCGUGGAUUACGCUAAAGAGAUUUUAUCAAAACGAAAAAGCAACAAACCAUUCUUUUUAGCUGUUGGGUUCCAUAAACCACACAUACCAUUCAAAUAUCCUCAGAAAUAUUUAGACAGAAUUCCUCUAAAAAAGGUGCAUCCACCGAAGCAUCCUUACAUGCCUCUGAACAUGCCAACCGUAGCGUGGCACCCCUGGACUGACGUCAGACGACGGGACGAUAUUCAUCGCCUUAACAUUUCCUUUCCUUAUGGUAUUAUGCCUUCAAACUGGGCCUUGAAAGUCAGGCAAAACUACUACGCUGCUGAGACAUACAUAGACGACUUAUUGGGCAUACUAAUGGGCUGUGUUAAUAGAAAUGAUACUAUUGUUGUAUUAACUAGUGAUCAUGGAUGGUCUUUAGGAGAAAACGGUCUCUGGGCUAAAUAUAGUAACUUCGACGUCGCGCUUAAAGUUCCUCUUAUAUUUAACAUUCCAAACGUAAAGCACAAAUCUAUAGAAUCGCCAGUAGAAUUAAUUGAUAUUUUUCCUACAUUAGUCCAACUAAGUGGUAUUAAAGCUAAUAUACCGAAAUGUAGCAAUACAGAGGCAGCUAUUUGCUUUGAUGGCCAAAGUUUAGUCCCACUAAUGACCUCUGAAACCAAUAGAUUGAAUUCUAAAUUAUUUGCAAUCAGUCAAUACCCUAGACCAAGUGUAUACCCUAAGAGAAAUUCUGACAAGCCCCGUCUUAAAGAUAUAAAAAUAAUGGGUUACAGUAUAAGAACAAAAAGGUACAGAUACACUGAAUGGAUUUCAUUUAAUAGCUCAAAGUUUACGAGAAAUUGGGAUAUAAACUAUGGUGUUGAACUUUAUGAUCAUAUUCGUGAUCCUAAUGAAGCUUAUAAUGUGGGCUUUGUAUCGACAUACCAAAAAAUUGUUGCGUUAUUGUCUAAAAAAUUAAGAGCACAAAUAGAAAAUUAAUUUUAAUAAAGACUGACAUUGCUGAUAAACCCGCAAAAAAGUGUAACAAUAAAAAUAAAAAGCUAUUCAACAAUUUUAGUAAUAAAAUAAUACUUAAGGAGGAAGAAUGUAAAUCAGACAUUUAGCUAUUGGUUUAUUACCAUAAGCCACAGAUAAAUAAACCUAGCCUUGGGCGUCGUAUAUCAUAGUCUCCUAAAUCAAUCCAUACAAAUUUGUGAUAAAAAUUUCAACAAUACAUACUUAAUGGUGAUUUAACAAUUAUCAUAACACAACAUAUUGCACUCAAACAAAACAUGUUUUCACUUAUUCUCAAAUUGCUCAGACAGUUACUAUCUAAACUGUUAUACAUAUUGCUUCAAAGGUUUGUCAUUAACAAGUCUUAUAAAUAAAUUAUGAUCAUACUAAACUCUGCUUCUCUUCUGGCACUGGUUUGCGAGCUUUCACCUCCAUUUCCACUUGUUUGAACCUAGCGUAUAAUGCACUGCUGCCUAAUAUAAUAAUAUUGGAAGUCCACCAUAAAGUAUUUUUUGUCUCAUUGUACCACUGGGUGGCCAUCACAGUUUGCGCGCAAGCUUUGGCUGUGCCGGAGAUGUUGUGGGUCAGUGGGGAUGUAACC